UCCUCGGGCCGGAAGAACCCCGUCUCCCCAAACCUUGGUGGGGCAGAGCGCAGGUCCCGACAGGGCCCAGGUCAGCCUCAGGAUAAGAGCCGAGGCUCAGGGUUCCUGUGAGACCCCGGGGGUCCCGGAGCCCCGCGAGCCGCGCCCACGCCAGGCCACAACCGGAACCGCAUUGCCAGGUUUGCGCUCGUGGCCUCCCUGCACCCCCUCGGCAGAAUGGCGGCUUUCGGACACACGUUCCCCUUCUAUGCUGGCACCAAGCCAACCUUCCCAAUAGACACCAGCUUGGCCGUCAUCAUCACCAUCUUCCUGACUGCACUGGUCACUUUCAUCAUCAUCCUGCCCGGCAUCCGGGGCAAGAUGAGGCUGUUCUGGCUGCUGCGGGUGGUGACCAGCUUAUUCAUCGGGGCUGUGGUCCUGGCUGUGAAUUUCAGUUCUGAGUGGUCUGUGGGUCAGAUCAGUACCAACACAACAUACAAAGCCUUCAGUUCCGAGUGGAUCAGCGCCGACGUGGGGCUGCAGAUCGGCCUGGGAGGCGUCAACAUCACGCUCACAGGGACCCCAGUGCAUCAGCUGAACGAGACCAUCAAUUACAAUGAGGAGCUCACCUGGCGCCUGGGCGAGAACUAUGAGGCGGCCUACACAAAGGCCCUGGAGAAGGGGCUGCCAGACCCUGUGCUCUAUCUGGCUGAGAAGUUCACCCCACAAAGCCCGUGUGGCCUGCACUACCCAUACCGCCAGGCAGGACGCUAUGUCUCAGCCAUGCUGUGGGUGGCAUUCCUCUGCUGGCUGCUGGCCAAUGUGAUGCUGUCCAUGCCCGCGCUGGUCUACGGGGGCCACAUGUUGCUGGCCACGGGCAUCUCCCAGCUGCUGGCCCUGCUCGUCUUCUCCACGGUCACAGCCCUCAGCCCGCCGUGUCCCUUGCACCUGGGCACUGCUAUGCUGCACACUCACCAUGGGCCUGCCUUCUGGAUCACCUUGACCACAGGACUGCUGUGCGUGCUGCUGGGCCUGGCCAUGCUGGUGGCCCACAGGAUGCAGCCCCACAGGCUGAAAGCUUUCUUUAACCAGAGUGCAGAGGAGGACCCGCUGCAGCUGAGUCCCGCGGAAGGGAGCCUCCUGAUUCCCCGCUACCGGUCCAUGGUGGAGAGUCCGGAGCCCCAGGACAUUGCUCUGUUGGAGUCCUCCUCGGAGGUGUGCUGCAGCGAGGCGUGCCCCCGCAAGCCUGACUGUGCCUGCUAAUGUCCCCCUGCCCGGCGGCCACCUGGACCUCCAGUCUGGCUGCAGACCUCACUGGGGCCCCAUGGAACUGCCAGGGCCUCCCGCAGGGUGAGCUGAUCGGACCCUCAGCUCCAAUCCAUGGACGAUGUAGGAAAAGAAGGCUCUACUUUUUGUUAAAGAGAAAACAAAACAAAAGCCCUAAGGUGCCGAAGGGGUGUAGGGCUCACCCUGCUCCCAUGCAGAGGCCCAGCAGGGGGCCGCCCGCAUCUCUGCACAGCAGCCCUGCCUUCCCUUGAUGCUUUGCCUCCUCAAGGUGCCACUCACUGAACCCAGCUCCACCCACAUGACCCGUGUGUGUGAUUCUUCUGUGACCCAUCUCUUAUUUUCUGUUUCCUGGGUCCCUUUCAUUCUUCCUUCACCUCCCCAGCUUGUCUGACCUCAUGGCACAAUGCCAGACAGCACUGGAAGGGAGAAGAGACCCAGCUUCCCAUUCCAGAUCUAACACGAACCACCUGUGCCACUGUCUCUGAAUUCAGUCCUUCAAUGUGUUAAAUAAGAUUGUAGGGCUUGCAAAGGAUUAAA